UCCAACACGACUGAGGAAACGUGCUACAGUCUGAGCGUGUACAUUAUAACAGGGAACAACGUGUUACUCGGGAUAUCAGCCUGUUUGUAAAAACAGUUUUGAGGAAGUAAAAGACACAACAAACACGUAACAGUAAUUUUGGAUCCAUCGUAUUUGAGACGACAGAUUUGUGGGGAAAGAUGAGAAGAGAAGUGAAAGCGGGAGUGAACUUUCUCAAAUGCUUGGCGGUGGAACGUGGAGGUGUAGACGAAAUCAAAGCCAAACAGUUUGCUGCUAAACUACAAGAGCUUCUACUUGAAAAGUUCACAGACCACUGGUACCCAGACAAUCCUACCAAGGGACAGGCAUACAGAUGCAUCAGAAUUAAUGAAGGAGGUCCUUGCGAUGAAUCAGUGUUGCAAGCAUGCAAAGACUGCGGUCUAAAGCCGUCUGAGUUGGGCUUUCCUCGUCAAAUUACAGUAUGGAUUGAUCCACUGGAGGUGUGCGUGCGCUCUGGGGAAAACUGUAGAUAUUUUACAGUGGCUCAGUUUAUUAAAGGGGAGGAGGAGGAUGAGCAAAAUGAGAUUGACUUGAAUCAGGAUAGCACAGUGGAUGCUGUGAAUCUGGAGACCUCUGAUUACCAUUCAGCGUCCUCCUCUGACUGCGGCUCGACCGUCUCAAGUGACACAGAAGAAGAAAUGAAGAUGAAAGAAACAAAGAAAGUAGUAGAGAAAAUAGUGAAGAACACAGCUCGCACAACAAGAUUCAAGACAAGGGAUGCAAAAGGGCCACGAAAGAUUCCUCAAGUUCAGAUGCCUGCCCCACAUUACUUCUAUCAGCCUUUGCCAAUGUGGCUCCAGAAUAAGAAAAAGAGAGGCACGUUCUUCACGCCCGUAUGUGCACCGGCACCUUCUCCGUUGUUUGCUUACUACGUUAUUCCCAAACCCGCUUCUCAGUUCAUCAUGCCUACCUUUCAAACCUGGGGGACAGUAAAAGGAUAAAUCAGGUCAAAUCCAAGGCUAUUGUCAUGAAGCUAUUUUUAUUAUGCAGUCUGACGUGUGGCAACAUUUUAAAUCGUUUUACAUUAAAAUCUGAAACCAUUAACUAUACUCUUUUCACACACUCUCAUUAGGUUUUCUGUGGGUUGUUGGUUUACUAAGACUAAGAUUACUAAGAUUUUCUAAAACUGCUUUUGCACAUUUACUUUGUUAUUAGGUGAUCAAAAACUUAACAGGGACAUUUAUCAACUACUUGACCAAAUUGCUGCAUACAAAAAUGAGAAGUACUGUAACAUCUCUUUCAUCAGUUAAUGUAGUGAAUAUUUAAAAAAAUAUAUAUUUUUAUAGAAUGUGUUUGAGUGGUAUUUUAUAUAA